AUGUCGUCUUCAGUGUCAGCUGGCAUCUCGUCUUCUGAGUUCGAUAAGCUGUGUUAUGAAUUUGAGGGCGCACUCAUCCUCGACGACUCGGGGGACAUCAAUUGUGAUGCCGAAGCCAGGUACUUUGGCCCGACAAGCGGGCGCCUCGAGCUGCCCGUCGCUCAGGAAAAGCCAGGUCAACUACUCAAGACACCAACAAAGCCGUUCGUCAGGGACAUCUCAAUGUUGAACGCCUACAUUGUUGACGACUCUCUCAUGCAGUUUCAGGAUCUUUACGUGCCAGUGCAACCGUCCCCCAGCAUCACCCCACCAUCGCUCACCAGCCGUUCCCCUGCAGCGCCGACGCCAGAGACCUUGACGUCUGACGAGCUUCAGUCCCAUCUGGUAGAUCUCUAUUUUGCGUGGGACAACCCGUGGCACAAUAUUCUGAACGAGGGUCGCUUUCGUCACGCCAUGAAGCACAACACCAAGUGCUUUAGCCUCGUACUCUUGAACUCCGUGCUCGCUAUGGGGUCUCGGUACUCGGACCGCGUCGAUGUUCGCUCGGAUCCAGCGGACGGGAACACGGCUGGUCAACCCUACCUGGAGAUGGCUGAAAGGUUGAUCCAGAAAGAACUCCAACACCCUCGGAUCGCCACGGUCCAAUCAUUAGCCAUCAUGGGGGUGCUAUACGCUGCCAUGGGGAGAGACGCCUGUGGCUAUUUGCACCAAGGCAUGGCCAACCGCCUGGCCCUCGAUAUGGGUCUCAACAUCGACCCGAUCACACUGACGGGUUCACAAUGCAUGUCAGAUGAGGAUGCAAACAGCCGGAGACAGCUGUACUGGGCGCUCUAUUGCUUGGAUAAGCAAUCUGCCAUAUAUACGGGACGCGUUUGCACCAUGCUGGUAGGUCGCAUGCCUUCGCCCCUUCGUGUCGCACGCGACGCUGGCGUACAGAACCCUAUACUGAACGAUACCAUGCAGGACUCGCAAGCCUGUGUUAAUUACCCCUCAGGGCCAGAACUGGAGAGUUCCCUACCAACCCUCAAACAACCAGCCUACAAAUCUCAUACUCCUCUGCUGCGAGCUCUCAGUACAUUGUCGCAGAUGCUGGAGAAGGUUUUGCUGCACCUGUACUCGCCAAGAAGAUCGAACCAGCAACCGAAACGAAUAGCAUUCUUUGACUGUUCCCGUUUGGCAAUGAGAACAUGGUACUACGCUUUACCGGCUGAGCUCAAAGUCGAACGCACCGACAACAAUAACUACCCAGCAGCAUACAUGCUCGGGAUGCUUUACCACACUUCCGUCAUCCUCCUUGCCAAACCUUUCUUGAAAGCCCUCGACAGUGCCAAUCCCACCAUUGGCAACUUCCAAACCAACACCUCGCCUCCGUUGCCUCAACUGUCGGACCAAGAACGUGAAGCCAUGCAUUUGAAAGCGAAAGUCCUCUGCGACGACGCUGCCAGAGAGAUCUGCGUUCUUGGAGCCAAGUAUCGCAAGGUUUUUGGUAGCUUCCGGAAAUGCCCGCCUACCGCGAACCACAGCAUCCUCCAGGCCGCCCUCGUGACGCUGCAGAUUCACACUCUGGCCGAUGACCAGGCAAACAAGAGGGGCAAGUUGUCGCUCGAAAACUAUCUUACAACUCUCAAAGAGCUCUCACAGUCAUGGAGCCCUCCGAGGCGAUAUUGGUCAAGCGUCUCAAGGCUUGUACAGGCUCGGCUGAGCGCGGCCACGGGUGCGGCAUCUGUCGCUCUCCUACAUACAACAGAAGACGCGAACCCUACACAGCACGGCGAGGGCGUGUCCUCGAAUGAGUUCAUGGCUGCGCAUGGGCCAUCCUACAACGGCGAUGAUGCGGAAAUGAUACAAAACUGGAUAGGUGCAUUUUAUGAGGAGGGUGGUCUCGAGGCGUACCUGAAUAGUGGACCUGGCGACACCGUGGAUGACCACCACAUGUUCAUGGACGUAUUGCACGAGAUGGGUCGCGAAUCAAACACGACUGAUUCGUCAAGAGACAACCAUCAAUAA